AUGUACAAGGGUGGUAUCAUCGUUGGACCGUCCCUUCUGGGGAGCAAUCUAUGGUACCGAAGUCACAUGACAACCGAGACAACACGGUUCAUAAUAAACAACAUCGGAGUAUUGGGAUUCCUGUUGUUUCUUUUCAUUUAUGGUGUGAAGAUAGAUCCAGGUCUUCUAAAAAGAACAGGGAAGGUUCAUGUAUCUACUGCAUUGAUGAGCAUGAUAAUUCCGUCAUCGACAGUGUUUGCUGUGGCACUAACGAUGAGAAAGGACAUGGACGAAAAUUUUGCGAAGAUUUCGUCUCUAGGAUCAAUAGCGGCAUACUUGGGGACAUCAUCGUUCCCAACUCUCUACCAUAUCCUUGAAGAGUUCAACCUUCUAAAUUCAGAUGCGGGUCGAAUAUCAUUGGCCUCGUCGAUGAUCGGUGACGCGUUUGGUUUGUUUUCUCUCUUAGCGUUUGAGGCUGCAGAGCUUGGAGAAUUAGGGAUAAUGAGAGCGGUGUGGUAUCUGAUUUCUCUUGUGUUGGUCAUAUCGUUCCUUGCGUUUUGUGUUAGACCUGCAAUGAUAUGGAUCAACAAGCACACUUCUGAAGGGCACCCAUUGAAAGAAACCUACGUAGUUAUCAUUCUUCUAGCAGCUUUUUUCAUGGCUCUCGUAACUGACGUAUUGGGCAUAGCCAUUGCUUGUGGACCUUUGUUUUUAGGGUUGGCGAUUCCAGAUGGGCCUCAUGUGGGAGCAACACUUGAAAAGAAAACCGCAGCAAUUCUGGGUGAUUUCCUUCUACCAUUCUCCUUCUUCAUGGUGGGAACAUACACUGAUUUUUAUGCCAUGUCUGCUUCUGGUUGGUCCCACUUAUCACCAUUGUUUAUCAUGGUCGUAAUUGGUUACUUUGUCAAAUUCUUCACCACUUGGAUUACUCUGCAUCUCUUUCGAAUGCCCUUCAGGGAUGCUCUAACCGUGAGCCUCAUCAUGGGCUUAAGAGGCCAAGUUGAACUUGUAUUGUUUGUGCAUUGGAUAGACAAAAGCAUCGUGAUGGUGCCGGGCUUCUCAUUGUUGGUACUUCUGACAGGAACAGUGACAGCAAUUUCUUGUCCUUUGAUCUCUAUAUUGUAUGAUCCAACAAAGCCAUACAUGGUGAACCAAAGAAGAACCAUUCAACAUCAUCCUCCAGACAAAGAGCUUAGGAUAGUGUUAUGCAUUUUUGAGCAAGAUGCCAUACAUGGUCUCACACAUCUACUUGAUAUCUCGAAUCCAAACCAGAACUGUCCCUUUUCGAUUUCAGCUGUUAGACUGAGCGAGCUCGUAGGUCGAGUCAACCCUCUGUUCAUAGACCAUGAAAAGCAACAAGUGCCUCCCAAUUAUCAAUGGUGUAGCACCAUACACGUGCUUGAACGUCAUCAACAACUCAAAGAACCCUACAUGAAGUUUCAUUUCUUCACAGCUGUCACCCCGAAAAAGACCAUGUUCCGAGACAUAUGCGAGCUUGCCCUAGAACAAGAAGCUUCUUUGAUCAUCUUACCUUUCAACACCGGUGAUGUUCAUAACCAUGUGAAUUCUCAAGUCUUGAACAACGCACCUUGCACAGUGGCAAUCUUCGUUGACAAGGGUCUUCUUAAGACCAAUAACACCUUGGGAAGUUUUCGAAGAAGUAGAUAUCGAUUUGCCGUGUUGUUUCUCGGUGGUGGAGAUUCCAGAGAGGCUCUUGUUUAUGCAGAUAAGAUGCUUGCUCGCGAUCAGGUGUCUCUCACAGUUAUAAGGUUUCUCACUCACAACUUCAUAGGGUACAACGAAAUCGAGAAGAAGCUUGACGAUGGAAUUGUGACCUGGUUCUGGGUUAAGAAUGAGAUUAAUCAGAGAGUGGUUUAUAGAGAAGUGGUGGUUAGAAAUGGAGAAGAAACUAUCGCAGCGAUUCAGGCUAUGAACGAUGGUGCUUUUGAUCUUUUGAUAGUGGGAAGGAAACAAGGGAUAAACCCUAUUCUUCUCACUGGUUUAUCUGAUUGGAUUGAAACUGAAGAGUUGGGACUCAUUGGAGAUUAUGUUUCCUCCUCAGAUUUUUUUGGCUCGGCUUCUGUGUUAGUUAUUCAACAACAAACCUUACGAGGUUAA